CACUUCCGCGUUCCUCACAUAGCAACAGCAGCAGAGCCAAAAUGGCGACCGGUGGAGAUCCUGCGUGACAUCGAACCGAGUCACAACACCGAAACCUGCGGUUUCCCCAGACACCGGCGUCAGCGCCAUGGCCUCCGCUCACGGGCGGCUGGGUCAGCACUUUCUGGCCGUGCUGGAUGUGGCUCUGCGGGUCCCGAGCAUCUUUAUAAUCGACGCUAUAUUUAACUCAUACUCUGAUCCCGGUGCCGGAUGGACCGGAACCGCCGGAAGAGUGUUAAUCCGCGCGCUGGGUAUUCUGGUUUCCAGUGUGGUUCUGGUGCUUUCCCAGAAGUCCCUGUUCAAGUUCUACACCCUGUUCACAGCCGUCCUCCUGGGCGGUGCGACAGUUCUGGUCAACUACUACGGCACGUCUCGCGGCGCGGAGGUGCUGCUGCCGCUGCGUAACGGCCCGACGCUCUGGCUAGCCCUGGCGCUGCUGCAGCUGCUGCUAGGAUUGGGAUACGUGGCGCUGCUGAACGUACAGUCGCUGUGCGCCGCCCUGGUGGUGGUGGACAUCAUGGCGCCGCUGUGCGGGCUGAUGGCGGAGCUGCCGGCGGACGCGCGACAGACGCUGGCGCUUGCGUCGGGAGCGAUUCUAGCGGCGCACGCGGCCGUGAACCUCCUGCUGAAGCUCAAGUGGUUCUACUACUCGUGCCGCUACGUCUACCUGCUGCUGCGCCACAUGUACCGCAUCUACGGCCUGCAGCUGCUGCUGGAGGACACGUGGAAGCGCAUACGCUUCCCAGACAUCCUGCGUGUCUUCUGGCUGACGCGCAUGACGGCACAAGCCGUCAUCUUAGUGUACGUGGUGCGCGUGGUGCGCUCCGAGAGCGGCCUGCAGCUCGGCUGGGAUGUGUUCUGGGACUUGUUCAGCAACCUCAUCAUCAGCGGCUGCGACUCGACGCUAACCGUGCUCGGCAUGAGCGCAGUCAUAUCCUCGCUAGCGCAUUAUCUCGGACUGAGCAUCCUAGCGUUCAUCGGCUCCACCGAGGAGGAGGAUAAGCGGCUCGGGUUCGUCGCGCCCGUGCUGUUCUUCAUCCUCGCGCUGCAGACGGGACUAAGCGGACUCAAACCCGAGGAGCGCCUGGUGCGCCUCAGCAGGAACAUGUGCCUUCUGCUCACGGCGAUUCUGCACUUCAUCCACGGCAUGACGGAUCCGGUGCUCAUGUCCCUCAGCGCCUCGCACGUCUCCUCCGUCCGCCGACACGUUCCCGUCCUGCUGGUGUCGCUGGUUCUGUUCGCUCUUCCCGUCCUGCUCAGUCACCUGCUGUGGCAUAAGUUCGAGCUCAACACGUGGCUGUUCGCCGUCACCGCCUUCUGCGUGGAGCUCUGCCUGAAGGUGCUGGUGUCGCUCACCGUCUACGCGCUCUUCAUGAUCGACGGCUUCUACAACGUGCUCUGGGAGAAGCUGGACGACUACGUCUACUACGUGCGCUCCACCGGCAACGUCAUCGAGUUCGUCUUCGGCGUGAUCAUGUUCGGCAACGGCGCAUACACGAUGAUGUUCGAGUCGGGCAGCAAGAUCCGCGCGUGCAUGAUGUGCCUUCACGCGUACUUCAACAUCUACCUGCAGGCCAAGAACGGCUGGAAGACGUUCAUCAACCGCCGUACGGCCGUCAAGAAGAUCAACUCGCUGCCGGAGGUCAAAGGCACGCAGCUGCGGGACAUCGAGGACGUCUGCGCCAUCUGCUACCAGGAGUUCGCUACGUCUGCGCGGAUCACGCCGUGCCACCAUUACUUCCACGCGCUCUGCUUGCGCAAGUGGCUGUACAUCCAGGACACGUGUCCCAUGUGCCACCAGCGCGUCUACAUCGAGGACGACGGACACGAGCGCGUCGCCUUCUCUAAUAACAACGGCUACGCCGCGCCGGCUCAGGAGAGGGCGGAGUUUGAGGAGGACAGGGGCGGGGCUGAAGCGGGCGGGGCCGUGGGAGGGGCGGAGCCUGAGAACGAGCUCCUGGAGGACAACGACAGCAUCGAGUACGACGAAGACGAGUGGGGAACGCAGCCCGGCGCCGCGCCCGUCGAGGAGGAUUACAUUAACAACGACGACGACGACGACACGGACUCCAGCUGAACCGAGGCGGAGAUUUAAGAUCAGGGAUGUUUUUGUUUUUUGUUGGCAUAAAAGGGCUUGUGUUUUAUCAUGGACUGCUCUUGAGUGAACGAUGAAGAGUGACGUGCUACUGUAAUGGCAGUAUACCUCGAUAUGAUCACUACUGGUCUCUUGUGUGACCUCUCUUAUAAUUGUGUACAUUAUUGUACAUGUAAUAAAAGAAUGAUACAGUUGUCCACUGGAGAAAGCUGAAUCAGCUGUUAAUCUCUCAUGUCUCCUCCUCAGUAUCUGAUAUUAUCACGCGGUGUUGCUUUUUGACCUGCCAGGCGCAUUUCCCCAUGUUUCAUCAAGAACGGUGUUUUCUGAAGUGUGGUGUUGUUGUGAGCGCAGUGACUCCAUCAUGUGUUUGAUUUCAGGCUAAACUGUUGAUUUUGCCAAGAGAACUGAUGUAAAUAAAGAAUCAGCUUUAGUUCUUUUGUAAAUAAAAUUAAUAAGAUGAAGUUCUAUGGAACUUUGCACUUAAUUAUA